AAUAAUUUUUACAUUUUUAAGUUGUUGCUGUUAUCGCUGUGGUUUGGAAUGUAAUGUUACCUAUGCCAAUAGCAGUCAUACCUAUGCAUCCCAUUCUGGGUUCAGAUAUGCUUCAUUAUAAUACAAGUGCUGUUGUAUGUGAACCAUCAUCUUAUUAUCAUCAAUCUACUACUGCAUCCUAUAAUAAUAAUAAUAAUAAUAAUAAUACAUCUAGUGGAUCUGGAUCUAAAACUGGAUCAACAUCCAAUAAUAAUAAUAAUACCACAACAAGUUCUACGUCAUUCUAUGAGGUUAAACGUGCUAAAACAACAAAUGAUAAUUAUACAACAAUUGAACAACAAACUGAUAAAGAAAGAUCGUUAAGUCCACCAACAAUUAAUUCAUCAUCAUCAUCAUCAUCAAAAUCAUCAUCACCACCACUGCCAACAUCAACAACACCAGCAUCAACAUCAGCAUCAGCAUCAGCAGCAUGUAUAACAAAUAAUAAUAAUAAUAUUAAUCCAACAUUAUUAUUAGAUCACCAAAAUCAUCAAUAUCAUUAUCAGCAUACAUUAUCAUCUGAUAAUAAUAAUAGUGAAGAACAAGAACAAGAACAAGAACAAGAACAAAAUCAUCAUCAUCAUCAUCAUCAAAACGAUACAAAUACAAAUAUAAAUGAUAACACAUCAUCAUCACAUCAUCAACUCAGUGGAUACAAUAAUCAUCAAAAUCAUCAUCAACAUUCUUUAUUAUCAACAACAAACAAUGAUCAUUUAAAUUUAAAUCAUCAACAACAAUCAUCGCCAUCUUGUUUAAAUAUUAAUAACGGACAUCAUACAAGUACAAGUACAAGUUGUGCUGCUGCUGCUGCUGUUGUUGCAUACAUAACAAGUACGGCUUCAUCAACAUCAUCAUCAGCUGGCUGGUCAUUACUGACUGAUUCAACAGACGUUAAAAGUGAAGUAAAAAGUCCAGGCCUGGCGGACACAGAUACAACAACGGAGUGUGUUAACUCCAAUUCUUUAUUAUCUAGCACCACAACUGGUCUUAUUUGUGAUAGUGGAGCAGCAGGAACAGUAGGUGUAGGUGUGAACUGUAGUGUUGGUGUUGGUGUUGUAAGUGGAACUGCAGGAAUGUAUCAUACAGCUGUGGGAACUGUUGCAAACAGUUUGUCAUCAUUAAAUGAUCCAUUAGCUUAUGACAACCAAAAAGAUUACCAGCAUCAAUAUCCACAUCAAUAUUAUAACAGUAUACAAUGUCAACAGAAUCCAUACAGUGCCAAUUCAUACACAAUGAAUCAUAGUCCAACAUCCAGCUUUUAUGGACACACACAUUCUGCAAGUACAACACCGACUGGUGCAGCAUUAUCCGCAGCAGCAGCGUACGCAGGUUACGCAGGCACACGUAGUCUGACUAGUUGUGGUGGCACUAAAGGUAGUGCAGCAGCCAGUCCAUAUCUAAGUCCAUACACCUCCAGCCUAACAGGUAGCAGUAGCUUUCAACAAGCAGCCGCUGCUGGCACUACUGCAGCUGGCAGUCAAUACGCUGCGUACACAGCUGGUUAUAAUUGUGCAGCAGCCGCAGCCGCUUCAGCGGUAGCACAAAGUUUUUCUGCACAACAGGGUGUUGAUUAUGCAAGUUAUGCAAGCAGUGCGUACGGUGAUCCACAGACUGCAGCACAAUACAGUAGUUAUUACAGUGCAGCAGCACAAGGACCUUAUGCAUCAUAUGUUAGUUCAUCACCAAACUCAACAGGUGGCAUUGGUAGCAACAGCUAUCAUUUAACUAAUUCAGUAUUACCAGAAAGUCCAAAUAGUUUAGGUUUACCAUUAAGUGAACCACCCACAUCACCAAUUAAAUCAGAAACGGGGGGUGUUCUAUGUUCAUCAUUAAAUAAUACACUUAAUAAUAGUCAAACAAUAAGACGAACUUCAAAUGGUGGAAGUGGUGGGAAUCAACAAACAGAUAACAAUAAUAGUGGUGGUAAUACUACAGGUGGAGGUCGUGUGGGUGCAGCACGUGGUAGAGGACGUAGACAGAAUACAGUCUCACCUGCUAGCGUUGAAACCGGUACAGAGCGUGUGUUCAUUUGGGAUCUAGAUGAAACUAUUAUUAUAUUUAAUAGUUUGUUAACUGGUGUUUUUGCAUCCAAAUAUGAUAAAGAAGCACCACAGAUGGCACAACUGGGUUGUCGCAUGGAGGAGAUGAUCUUUAUAAUGGCUGAUGCACACUUCUUCUUUAACGAUGUAGAGGACUGUGAUCAAGUGCACAUCGAUGAUGUGUCUUCAGAUGAUAAUGGACAAGACUUGAGUACAUACAACUUUGCUGCAGAUGGUUUUCACACAAACACAUCACACAGUGGUGCGGGUGGUGCAUUGGGUGGUGGUGGUGCACCAGGUCUAGCUGGUGGUGGUGUUGGUCUCUGUUUACCAUCUGGUAGUGGUGGUGGUAUCCGUGGUGGUGUUGAUUGGAUGCGGAAAUUAGCAUUUAGAUAUCGACGGAUCAAAGAGACUUAUAAUAAUUAUAGAAAUAGUGUUGGUGGUAUGUUAGGACCAACAAAACGUGACCAAUGGUUACAAUUACGUUCAGAGAUCGAAGCUGCUACAGACAACUGGUUAACGUUAGCAAACAAAUGUUUAUCAUUAAUUAAUUCUAGACCUAAUUGUGUUAAUGUACUUGUAACUACUACGCAGUUAGUACCAACCUUAGCUAAAGUAUUACUAUUUGGAUUGGGUGGCGUUUUUAGCAUUGAAAAUAUUUAUUCUGCAUCAAAGAUUGGUAAAGAAAGUUGUUUUGAACGGAUUGUAACACGAUUCGGUCGUAAAUGCACGUACGUGGUGGUUGGUGAUGGUCAGAAUGAAGAGGUAGCCGCUAAAGCAUUAAACUUCCCAUUUUGGAGGAUUAACUCGCACAGUGAUAUUGUUGCGCUGUACAAUGCGUUGGACAAUAACUUUUUAUGAAAACAAAUCUUGUUUCAUUUAAUCAGUUUAUCUUUAUCUGCCACCAUUAUUAUUUUUUGUGAUUUAAUUAAGUAAGUCAAUAUAUUAAUUAAUAAUUAAUAUUGUGUUGUGUUUAUUACAAGAUAAACACAAACUCCACUCACUCCACUUUAUUCAAGUAGUUCGGCUGUUUCAGCAAGUUCGGUGAAUCUUCAAUUUUUGGUUUUGCUGAAAAUAAUAGAUCAAAGUCCAUUGAUCACAAUAAACAUAGAUUUGGGGCCUCUUGCAAUGCAAAAUUUGGUUAAUUGUACAAAAAUUAAUCGAUGAAUGAGCUUCAUAAAAGUUUUCAUCGUGAAAAAAAUUUAUCACAGAUUCUGUUUAUGCAAAAAAGCAGAAACAUUACCUUACGGUAUUUCCAAAAAGAAAAUAUAAAAAAACUGUGUUUAGUUUUUAUAGCAUUUGUUUACAUUUACGUCAUACAAAUUGCCUACCUAGUUGACUAGUUGACUAGUUGAUUAGUUGAUUAGUAACGUGACAGCCGAACAACUUUAAAAGAAACAAUAUUUUAAUUUUAAUUUACUGUGAUUUUAUUCAUAUAAUCUGUGUUGAAUGCACUGCACUAAAUCGAAUGCGUGUCUGUAGACGAAGAACUAGGAACUAGUCUGAUUUAUAAGAAAUUAAAAAUAUGCAUAAUUAGCAUAAUUAAUAUCCAUUUUAUAAUUACUGAUGAAAAUGAUUUCAAACUUGUUACACGGUGGUUUUUGGGGUCGGUGAACAAGACUGUCAGGAUGGAAUUGGUUUCAGAGGUACUUGGACAGACUUUCUUAAAGUGUGUUUUCAGCCUUGAGCUGAUGUGUCCCGGCUAGGUUUGCUAAUUGCCAAAUCUGUACAGUAAGUAUUCAAGAUUGAUUUAUCUUGUCGGUGUCGGUGUCACCCUGUAAGCAAAGCAUCCAAAACAUUCCGAUUUUGGUAUGAGUGUCAGUGUAUGUAGCUUUUCAAUUUUUCUUCUUUUUUAUUGAUUUAAACCAAUAACUUUGAGUGCAAUAUGUGUUUGAGUUGUUUUUAUUUUUAUUUUUUGAGGAUAUAAUUUUGUAUAAAGUAUGGCAACCCUAACAAAAUAAUAUUUUUAUUUUGACACUUGACAACCCUAGAUUCCAUCGAUAUGAAUAUAACAUAAACCUAAAAAUUACACAUUAAUAUAACUGUUUGGGUGAUAUGCUUGCAAAAGCUCAAAUAAAAUAAAGUUCAAAAAAUAAAAGCCCGGCAGAAUCACGCUCUUAAAAAGGAUGAAAACAAGAAAAUAUUUUUAUCGAGAAUUGUUCUGAUGAGUAAAAUCGUUAUUACAAUCGGAGAAGCUCUUAAACAGUUUUCCACAGAACAGAAAGAGGUUCCCCGACUGUAAUGACGAUUUCACUUAUCAUAACAAUUUCCGGUAAAAAUAUUUUUAUAUUUUCAUAUUUUUAACAUUAAGUUUGUUUUUUGAUCAUAACUUUAUGUAUGUCUUCUAGAGGGCGCCAUAUUCAAUUUAAAGUGACGUCAUAUAGCCUAUAACCAGCGGACAAUCAAGACAAUACCACAUUUGUCGAAUUAUGAUAAGUAAUUUAAAAAUCAAACGCAUAACCCUCGCCAUUGUAUA